AUGAGCUUAUUAGGCAUGCUGAAACGGGAGAAGGACCAUAGAGCGUUACCUACAUCAGGUGGACAACGAUAUGUUACCGUCGGCUUGUUAGGGACGUUCAAUGGAAACCCCAUUGAUGAUCUUAUGUCACCUGAUGGUCAUAUUACUGUUGUCAAUCACCCACCCACAGAGCAGGACAAUAUCAACGCCUAUAAAUUUGGAUCAAGAUGGAGGGUUGAUGGAUCACGUCACAAGCCCCUUUUCCAAGAUGAUAUCAAACCGAUCUAUAAUCCUCUCCAGUUCGGAGAUGAUAGAAGGUACAAUCCUGUUCAUGAUCCAUAUCGACUUCAGUAUAAUGCAAGCUUAGUGUUCACUCUUGAUGAAGUCAGGGUGGCUUGCCAAAACGUCUAUGAAUGCGAAUACGACUAUUUCCUCACUGGUAGGCGUGAAAUUGCUAUGGAUACUCUUGAAGUCCAAAGUAAACUCAUGGAAUUGAAGCACAAAGGGACCCAGAGAAUACAAUCUUGCGGAGCAUUAUUGGUAGCACCGGGAGCCGUAAAAUACCCUCCAGGGAACAAUUAUCUGGAUGGUGUUACGGUAACCUUCACUUGUAAGCCAGAAUACUUCAUACACGGAACACCGCAAAGGACUUGCGUAAAUGGAUCAUGGACACCAGGCUGGCAUGUUUGGUGCAGAUGUAAGCUAACUUCAAAUUUUGCAGUUUGUAGUUGAUG